CUCAAAGCCCUCACUGUGAGCGUAUCAUAGUAAGCUUUCUCUCUCUUUUCUAUCUACUUUCUCUCUUUCCAAACAUACAUGUUGGAGAAACCCAUUACAAAUCUCUUUCUCUACUACAGUUCUUUUAGUUCUCACAUAUAAUCUACAGCAUAUAUUCUUUUCAUUUAAUCAGUAGUAACUAGCAGGGAUAGAGUUUCUAAUAUGAACUUCUGAGUAUUAUCUUUGGUUGAUUACAAGUAGGGUUUAGUAUGGAGUUAAUGGUGCCUACAAAGCAUACACAUGAGGGUUUUUGCUCAUUUCAUUGUAUUCAUAGGGAUAGCAAAAAGAAUCAUACUUUGAGGUCUAGAGCUAGGGUUAGGUUUUCUUCAAAUUUCAGUUCCGGGAAGGUCUUUGUAGGUCGCGAAGCUCGCUUCCCUGUUCUCUCUGUUGGUAAUGGUAUUGAGUGUAAAAAACAAGGAGGGUCUCCGAAACAGAGGCGAAAUCGGGUAUUAGCUGUUUCAAAGAUUGAAAAUUUUAGCUCUAAUGGUCGAUUGUCAAGUAAUGAGAGAAACCCUCAAGGGCAGUUUAGUGGGGGCCUUCUAUCCUCGAGUGAAGUGCAUUCCUCGCAUAAUUUUGAAGAGUUUGAGAGUAAUAAACAUCUCCGUCGGUUGGUUAGAAAUGGAGAAUUGGAGGAAGGGUUUAAGUAUCUCGAAAACAUGGUUUAUCGCGGUGACAUUCCCGAUAUCAUUCCAUGUACUAGUUUAAUUCGGGGGUUUUGUCGGAUUGGUAAGACUAAGAAGGCAACUAGGGUUAUGGAGAUUCUUGAGGAAUCCGGGGCUGUUCCUGAUGUUAUAACUUACAAUGUGUUGAUUAGUGGGUAUUGUAAGUCGGGGGAGAUAGAUAAUGCUUUAAAGGUAUUGGACCGGAUGAGUGUUGCCCCGGAUGUUGUCACAUAUAAUACGAUCUUGCGAACAUUGUGUGAUGGUGGGAAAUUGAAGCAAGCAAUGAAAGUUCUUGAUCAGCAGUUGCUAAAAGAGUGCUAUCCUGAUGUGAUCACUUAUACAAUUUUGAUUGAAGCGACUUGUAAGGAAAGUGGGGUGGGGCAGGCAAUGAAGCUUUUGGAUGAGAUGAAUAGAAAGGGUUGCAAGCCUGAUGUAGUUACCUAUAAUGUCCUAAUCAAUGGGAUAUGCAAGGAAGGGAGGUUGGAUGAAGCAAUCAAAUUCUUGAAUAAUAUGCCGUCUUAUGGUUGCCAACCUAAUGUAAUUACCCAUAAUAUCAUUUUGCGUAGCAUGUGUAGCACAGGGAGGUGGAUGGAUGCUGAGAAACUUUUAGUGGAGAUGCUUCGAAAAGGCUGUUCUCCCAGUGUCGUUACCUUUAACAUCUUGAUAAAUUUCUUGUGUCGGAAGGGGUUAUUGGGCCGAGCCAUUGAUAUUUUGGAGAAAAUGCCGAAGCAUGGUUGUACUCCAAAUUCCCUGAGUUACAAUCCACUGCUUCAUGGAUUUUGCAAAGAAAAGAAGAUGGACAGGGCAAUUGAGUAUUUGGAGAUAAUGGUCUCCAGAGGGUGCUACCCUGACAUUGUGACCUAUAAUACUUUGCUCACAGCUUUAUGCAAAGAUGGAAAAGUUGAUGUAGCAGUUGAGAUCCUUAACCAGCUUAGUAAUAAAAAUUGCUCUCCUGUUUUGAUCACUUACAAUACAGUGAUUGAUGGUCUUUCAAAGGUGGGAAAAACAGAAUGUGCUCUAAAGCUGUUGGAUGAGAUGCGAGGAAAGGGUCUCCAACCCGAUAUAAUUACCUACUCUUCGGUUGUGGGAGGGCUUAGUAGAGAAGGAAAGGUAGACGAAGCUAUCAAGUUCUUCAAUCAGUUAGAAGGAUUGGGUGUGAGGCCCAAUGCCGUCACCUACAAUUCUGUCAUGUUGGGGCUUUGCAAAGCUCGCCAGACGGAUCGUGCCAUUGACUUCUUGGCUCAUAUGGUAUCAAAGGGAUGUAAACCUACUGAAACUACAUAUACAAUUCUGAUUGAAGGCCUAUCUUAUGAAGGUUUAGCCAAUGAGGCUUUGGAUUUACUGAAUGAGUUAUGCUCCCGAGGAGUCGUGAAGAAAAGUUCUGCUGAAAAGGUGGUGGUCAAGAUGUAGCUUGCAAUGCAUGCUGUCACUUGCUUUGUGAUGACCCAUGACUAGUGCCUUUCUUCGGUUCCAUUUGCUUGGAUUAUUCACCAUCGAUGAACUUUUAAGAGUGUAAGCUCUUCUUAUCAACUUUAUCAAGCUUAUUUUCCUCUCAUAACAAUUUUGUGAUGUAGUUCACUUAAGGGUUCUCACUCUGUUUGGAUUUUAAACAUUUUUUGUAAAUUUAUGACCUUGUAUACAUACUUGGGUCUCUCUCUGGCAUGUAUGAUUCUCGAUGAUCGGUUAUAUAUUCUUGUGCGUCUCUUUGUUAU